AUGGCGCGAUCUAGGAGGACCCCUUACGUGGAUUCACCGUGGAUCCACUAUCUUGCCGUGGCUAGCUUUCUGGUGCUCUUCGCUGGAAUCGACCAUGUGACAGGAUGUCAGUUCUAUCCUAUAGGGGAGUAUCUGAAGUUCGUGCGAGUACCAGAGAACUUGGCAAAAGGAACAGAAGUCUUGUCAUUAGAGGCUCAUCCGAGGAAUCAUCUUUCGAUUAUGCCGGUGGAUAGGGAUGAAGACGCCCGUUUCUUCGCGUACAAACAGACGAACAGGACCCACAUCUCCUUGGUACUGGCCCAGUCCCUGGAGGAGCUGGUGGACACGGAAUCACCUAGAAACCUGCUCAAGUUCCGCGUGGUCUGCGAUUACAGCGAUGGCGGUGAUUCCCUGGUGACAUCGCACCUGUCAGUGACGGUCUACGUGGAGGACAUAAACGAUCAUGCCCCGCAAUUUGUCGAUGCGCCUUAUCACGUAACCGUGGACGAGCUUACGCCAGUCGGUGUCACGAUAUUUCGUGGGAUCCACGCGAUCGACGGGGACAAGCCGAACACGCCGAACAGCGACGUCCACUACGCGAUAGUGAAAGGCAACGAGCAGGGCAAAUUUUCACUAGAAUUCGGCCACAGAACCGCAGGCGAUCGCGAGUUCACGCUGGUCAUCGCGGCCACGGACCGCGGCGUCCCCGCCAGGACCACCAACACCACCGUGAGAAUAACGAUCGUGGAUAACGACGAUCUCGAUCCCAUGUUCACGCGGGACGUGUACAAGGCGAAGAUUCAUGAAUUUUAUCCUAUGCCGGAGUACCCGAUCUUCACGCAGAUCAACCUCACGACCCCGAUCCAGGCCACAGACUGCGACCGGGACCUCAACGUCCCAGUUCGCUACGACAUAAUAUCCGGCAAUGAGCGCGGUUUCUUUCACCUGGACCCAAAAAACGGCACCUUGUUCAUCAAGCGAGCGAUCAACCUGGACGCUGAGAAGAAUCUACCAUCGAACACCUUCGCAUUACAAAUCCACGCGUCACAAGUGGACAAUCCGUUAAAAACCGCGGGCGCCCGUGUCGAAGUAGAGGUGUUGGAUCUGAACGACAAUCUGCCCGAGUUCGAGGUGGACCUGUACAACAUUAGUAUUGUGGAGAACCUGCCUAACGGGUUCAGCGUGUUGCAAGUGAUCGCGCGCGACAGAGAUCAAGGGGAAAAUGGUCAGUUCGAUUACGAACUACAGGACCCAUCCGGCGCCUUCUCCGUGGAUCCAAAAUCAGGUUGGCUGACGGUGAAGGAUCAGUCGGUCCUGGAUCGCGAAAAGAGGGACCACCUGCGGAUGAAAGUUCUAGCUAUCGAAAGGAGACCUAGCGUCGUCCUUGGAGAUGAUUCUCGAAGAGCCAAUGGAUCACUGGUGGAUGUAGAGGUUACUUUACUAGACGCCAAUGAUAACAAUCCUAUUUUCGUACCUGGGAAUCUGUAUGAAUUGGUCGCCAGGACCGACUAUAAGGUGGGCACCGUGCUGGGCCAGGUCCACGCGGUGGAUGAGGAUCUAGGUCCCAACGGGAUGGUCAAGUACAGACUCCAGAAACCGGGUAACUCGACGACUCGUACGCCACCGUUUCAUGUGGACGAGAUCACCGGUAUGAUUACUGUGGCAGAGAGUCCGAUUCAGGAAGGAAGACACGCGAUUUUCGUGGAGGCCGCGGAUCAACCGGCGAAUCCGAGCGAGAGACGAUUCUCCCUGGCUGUGGUCACCGUUGAUGUUUUCCGAUCGAACGGUCCAGAGUCAUUGGAACCAGACUUUAUCGGGGCUCCUUAUGAAUUUUGGGUCGGUGCCAAUGUUCCAGUCGGCACAAGCGUCGGUCAAAUCCGCCUGAACGAUGCAGUAAAGACAAACGAUUUGAUCUAUGAUCUCCUUCACAGCUACGAACAAGGGGUUCCGUUCGCGGUGGAGGAGCGCUCCGGAACGAUCACCGUCGUCGAGGAGAUCGAGCGGUUCGACCGGUCUACGUACGACUUCGAGGCGGUCGUUACAGACGAGAGGCAGCUAAUGCUAAUCACCAACGUCUCGAUCCAUGUGGUCGAUCCUAACGAUGAGAGGGGUAUCUUCACGAAGGGAACGACCACCGCUCCAUUGGUCUUCCACGCCAAGGAGAACGUUCCUGGCACGUACAUCGGGCAGGUGCUUCCGCAAAACAGCACCGCCGGCACGUCCACCAACGUGGGCACACGGUUUUUUAUCGUCAAUCAGCAAGACGUACCCGAUAUCUCGAUCACGGAGGACGGGGCUCUGUACGCGCCGCAAGGCCUCGACCGCGAGACCAGACAGAAUUAUAGCAUCACCGUAAUUGCGGAAAGUCCCCGAGGGGUCGGAGUUUUCCAAGUGACUGUCAUUGUUAUCGACGAGAACGAUCAUCCGCCGAUGUUCACGUCGUCCUUAUACGAAGGACGAAUUCUCGAAAACAGCCCCCCAGGGACGAAAGUCAACUUGUCAAUUCCUAUCGCAGCCACGGACCAAGACGAAGGUAUCAAUCAAAACUUCGUCUUCAGUCUUCACGGUCCAGGGAAUGAGCUUUUCCGAAUCCAUCCCACGACUGGCUUAGUCUACUUCGACGGGAUCGAUGAUCGUACUCUGGACAGAGAGGCGAAAGCGAACUACACCUUCAAAAUCGUUGCUAAAGACAAUGGAGGGCUCACGUCGGAAUCGGAGCUGAGGGUAUCAGUGACCGACGUGAACGACAAUCCCCCGAGCUUCAUCAGAAUGAUCGUCCUGCCGGAUCAGGGCGUUCGCGUCUCGAACGAGCCAGAUACCGAAACGCCUUUCGAGAGGAACGACGUGUUCGAUAUGAGCAGCGAGCCCGUCGCCGCCGGAACCGGGUCCCCCAGCAGCCGUCGUUCGCCCCUUCUUCUCGUGCCGGAAAACGCGACGAUCGGCGCCCCGAUAAUACGCUUGCUAGCGGAGGACAAGGACGAGGGAGGGAACGCCGCGAUAACGUACACUCUGGGGAACGAGACGACUUCCGGUGACGACGUACGAUUGCGAAGGUUCGACACCACAAGCCGAAGAUAUUUCCACCUGGAUCCAAGGUCGGCCGAGAUAUCGGUCGCCAGAGGACUUCCGGCUGAGAGGAGCAUACGUUUGUUCGUUCUGGCGAAGGACAGCGCCGGCCUAUCCGACAACAUCACCAUCAGGAUCCAUGUGGUGGACGUGAACGAUCAUCCACCAAUCUUCGAUAAGUCCUGGUACACGUUCGACGUGUCAGAAGGCACCUAUGCGGGCUAUGCGGUUGGCACGGUUCGUGCUGUUGACUCUGACUUCGGUACCAAUUCCAAUGUCAGCUACGAACUGGUCUCCGGCAGCGAGAACCUGGAAAAUCCUCAGAACGAUUCGAGGACAUUUGAUGUAGCACCCUACGAAGGGAUCAUCAGAGUUAGUGGGGUGCUGGAUAGGGAGAGUAUGAGCACCCAUCGUCUCGUGGUCAUAGCCAGAGACAAUGGGUCCCCUCAGCUAAGUUCUACAGUGGAGAUAGAAGUGAAUGUCCUGGACGUAAACGACAACGCACCUAUGUUCUAUGGUUACGACGAGACCGAGAACGACGAGUUUGGGGACAUUCUACCUGUCUACCACGCGUCCAUCUUCGAGAACAGUCCUGCAGGCAGUCAAGUGAUCAAGGUGCAUGCCAAUGACUCCGACUUCACUGGAAACGGGAACGGUUUGAUUCUCUUCGAUCUAAGCCAUCAGGGCCAGCCUGAGAAGCAAUACUUCGCCAUAGAUAGUAAAGAGGGUCUGAUCACGACGAUCGGGAACAUAGACUACGAGACCCAAAAGAUGCACCGUCUGCUGGUGACCGCUAGCGAUCUAGGAUCACCUGUGAGCCUGACGUCUACAGCAGUGGUGCUAGUCACAGUGUUGAACAUGGAUGAUGACCAGGACGAGACUAGUAACGAGGUACCGAGGACCCCCGCGUUCCGACAUCGGUACUACGAGGUGGAGAUCGAGGAGAAUGUUGAUAUCCCUGUUGAGGUAGCUCAGCUGGACACGAUCGACGGCCAUCAAGGUGAUCAUAUAAGAUACAGCAUCGUCGCCGACGACUCGAACGCCAGGGAACACUUCUCGAUAGAUCCGAAGAACGGCUCGCUGUAUCUGACGACGGACGCGGACAGAGAGGUGAACGAUCGAUACGAGGCCAAGGUCAGAGUAGACAGGGUGAAGAUUGGUCGCGGGAUACCCGUGAUGAUUUACCCAGUUGUCGGUGAAAGGCUGAAUGGUCUGGCGCCUAACGAGGCCAGGGUCGUUGUCAGGGUGAAGGAUGUUAACGACAAUGCGCCCAGAUUCAAGUCAAAGGGCCGUCCCAUCCUCGCCGCGAUACCGAGCACUGCCCAUUAUGGGUAUGAGGUCGUCAAAGUGGAGGCGGACGAUCCAGACGAGGGAGCGAACGCCGAGAUCCGGUACCAGAUUCUUGGCCGGGAAGACGCCCCACGGUUUGCCAUUGACCCACUGAGCGGUCAAGUACGGUCCGUGGCGAGUUUUGGCCGUGACGCUGGACGCGUUUUCGGCUUCGACGUCAAGGCCACCGAUAGACGGGGCGCCGAGAACGGACGCAGUAGCAUUGCGAAUGUCUUUGUGUACGUGCUGGAUGACCAGAAACAGGUCGUGAUGGUCGUUGGACGGAGACCGAUGGACCUGGAACCGCAGCUCGAGAACAUCACCGCGGUACUGCAAAAUGUGACUGGUUUGGACGUUCGUAUCAGAAAGUUGGAGCCACACAUUGAAAAGAAUUUGAUUGACACCAUGUCCACGGAUGUCUACCUUUACGCCAUCGAUCCUCAUUUAAAUGUCAUGAUAGAUAUGGAUACCUUGCACAACGUCUUUCACACAAAGAAAAAGGAGAUCAAACGUGAGUUGAACGAGUUCGGUGUCCUGGAGAUCGCCGGAAAUUCCCCGCGUCGUGGUAAUCAACGUUACCUGUUGUCCACCCUCGAAGUGGGCGUCGUGGUGCUCGGAUGCGUCAUCUUUGUCGGCGCUCUCGUCACUGCCCUCUGCGUUACUUGUGUUCGCCGAAAUAAACGUCGGAAACGUCGGCAGAAAGCAAUGUUCUCGACGACCAGCCCGAUUGGUUUCGCAUUGGCGGAUCCGUCCUCGUCGUUGCAGAAGCCGUCGCUCUUCCCGACCUUCGUCGACGGCCUUCACUACGACCCGGAGCCGUUCUGCACCGACAUGCCCAGACGACAGAGCAUCUGCGAGCACGGAGCCAACUGUGCUCGCUUCCACACGAUGGGCGGCGGUAGUAGUAAGCACGGAGGGAGGACGAGAGGGACCCCGAAAGGCCUCGAGGCAUCCGCGACGUCCUUGCAUUCCAGCGGUCAGGAUUCUGGGAUCGUGGCGCGCGCCUCCUGCCACUGCAGUCACUCGUCGAGCCCCUCCAGCGGCGAGAGCAGCAAUGGCUACGAAGACUCUCUGAAGUCUUUGCAGCGCCGCGAGAGGGGAAACGACGUGUCACGUGGAAGUCACGACACCUCCAGCAUCGUCGGAAGACGCGCGAAUCAGGCCAACACUCGGAGACGACAACGUUUCAACUCGUUAUCGAACGGGGAAUCCGUUUAUUCUCAUGAGAUGACGUUGCAGAGGGAGCAACGUUGUUGUGCCGGGACCGAGAAACGCCGGAAGAACGAGGGGCACACGCGCGAGCAUCGCCGCGCGCAUUCCGAGGCGGAAAACAAUAUCACCGAAACAGUGAUACAAGAGCAUCCCGGAACCGAGAUCACGCUGUCGAGCUCGCUGCAGAACAGUUCGAGCAUUCACGGUGAGCCGCUUGAAUGA